UUAAAGCAGUUCCUACAAUUAAAGAUAAUCCCAAAGUUUUUGAGUUGCUAACUCACAACAAAUUUUCUAACUCUGUUGUAAAAUUAAUGUCCAAGGUUCGAUUCUCAGAUAAAUGAAGUGGCAAAUGCGUAUUGGUUACUUUUCCAUGGUUGAUACCUGUAGAACUAUGCCAGUAGACGCUUCUGUAAAAUAUAACAUUUGUGGUUUUACUAAUAUGGAGAGGGGGAGGGAAUGAUUUCUCAGGUAUCAUCAGGAAAAGGGUGGCAGGGAAAAUGUUGGUUUCAUUGUGUACGCUGUUGCUUAGGGAAUAAAUAGUCACUUUUUGUUACCAUGGGGGAAAUUAAGGUGUUGCAGAACGAAUGCAUCAAUCCUCUCCCCUCCUUGCUCCUGUGCACAAAUGAGCACAUCCUCUACCCCUCUGAGCAGGAUGGACACCCUCUGUCAUCUCCCGAAAAGAGACAUUUCGGAGGAGAUGUCCUGGGCACUUCUCUCUCUGGAGAAGGACUUAGGGGAAACCUUAGCAGAAAAAGAACUUUGACCCAAGCACCUGCUGGAAGAAUCUUUCAACAUACAGCCACAGAGUCACCGGCCUCCUUCACAUUCCUACCCGAAUUGCCAUUCUCCAUCUUCGGCCCCUCGUCUUCUGCUGCCUCACCUUCCUGCUCUCAGGAUUCUCAGCCAGCUUCCUCUGUCGCAAGAAAGAUACUUUUCGGAUAUGAUCCGAUGUCUCGUCUUGGUGCUUCCUCUCGUUCUGGCUCUCCUGUCCCUUUCCACACUGAUCUUGCAAGCCGCGCUUCCUCCCAAGGCAUGCUUCCACCUCACCCUGCUAAUCUGCAGAGCGUUGGGAAUAGCCGGUUUGCGAAGGGAGCCAGGAGCGGCUGUAUGCCUCACUUGGCUGUGGAGGCUGCGAGGCAGGGCGAUGGACGAGGUAUCAGCCCGCUCCGGUGCUUUAGUUUCCCAUGCCCUCACAACACUGGCUUCAGCCAUAUGCUGGCCUCUCAUUCCACUAUCAGUGGGCGGUUGUCAAAUAACCAGCCUGUGACUAUGAUGACAGAUCCCUUCGUCCUGGAUAAGUUGCUGCGUACCUUCCAGAUUAUGAGGUGCAGCGUUGACAACAUCAGCCAGGAGCUCAGAGUGCUGAAUACCCACCUAGCCAAUCUCUCGCACCACUUCAGCACACUGCCUCAUCUUGGCUGUCACGCUCACCCUGAACACGAUGGCCCAGGCUACCACCACUGAAGAGAGUCAGAGAGCGCUGCCUCAGUUCAGGUCCGUAGCCUCAGCCUUGCCAGCUCAGGCGAGGUGCAUGCCUGGUGAGCUCGGGCCGGGCUCCGGCUUUCCUUUGGAGGCAAAACCAUGCGGCUUAUCAACGAGGUAUUUGACUUGUGCUACUGCAGGUCCAGGUCUGCGGGCAGGCAGAGAAGAGACAGCUGCGUCUUGCACAAGCCUAACCUAAGCGCCAUGCAGCAGCCACAUGAUAUGGGGAAUGCUUAGUCUGUCAGAUUAAUAUAUGUGGACUUGUCUUAAUAUACUUGAAUCCUUGCA